UGGAAGAAGGAACAACACUCUGUGCCGUUUCCAACAGUCCUGCUGGCUGCCCACUUCCCUUGUGGUUAUGAUUCCCUUUCUUGGUUGUAUUACAGAUGCAUGUUGGAACAUUGAGGAACGACUCGCUAGGAAACCCCAAAAGAGCAAAUCCUAACAGCGAUAAAAACAACAGAGACCACGCCGUUCCAACCACGUCGUUGUUUCUUCACUUUUCUGUUCAAGUGAACAGACCCCUUCGAGUGCUGUACCCUUCGUUUCUUAAUUCUUUCUUUUCAACAAUCCCUUUACAUAUCCACUUUGUUGACUUCCAGCCGAGUCUGCCACGUUUCAUUUACUAUGCCAGAUCGCAGCACCUCAUAACAUUCGUUGCUUUUCACUUUGUAUACAGACGUAGUAGGCACACCUCUCGCAUAAUCUCUGGUGUAUAUUAUGAAAACAGUCUGUGGCUCCCGAAGCCUGCAUCAGAGCUGUUGCAUACACCGCAUUCGGGACCUUAGAGAGUCGCAACGGACUAGGACCAAUACCCGCGGUCGAGUCGAUACCCAGGUACUCGGAGAUGACGCGAAUAAGCGUGGGUUGAUUCACUCGGAAUUAGAAGGCCAUACUCUCCCUUUCUCGAUGAAUCAGGAGUUUCCCCUCUGCCAUCCGCUGUCUUGCAAAGAUAACUAAUGCUCU